AUGUAUGGACCGCUGCUUCGGAGCCAGCACGUGCAGCAACAGCAGCAGCAGCAGCAGCAGCAGCACGAAAUGGAUGGCUGCAGCAGCACUGGCUGCAGCAGCAGCAUCAGCAGCGGCUACAACUCACCCAGUGACACUGAAGAUGUUGACUUGGGCAGGAGCAGCAGAGGACCCGUUUCUUCAGCAGCAGCAGCAGCAUUGCCGCAGCAGCAGCAACAGCAACAGCAGCAGCAGCAGCAGCAACAGCAACAGCAACAGCAGCAGCAGCAGCAGCAACAGCAGCAGCCGAGGCAGGGCUUCUGGGCAGGCCUGCAGCACCAGCAGCAGCAGCAGCAGCAGCAGCAGCAGCAGCAGCAGCAGCAGCGCCGGCAGCAGCAACUGCAGCAACAGCACCCGGAGCAGCAGCAGCAGCAAGCCGACCAACGAGAGCAGCAGCAGCAAAGUCUGUCCCCUCCUCUUCGGUGA